GCGGCCGGCCCACGCGCUCCAGCAGCCCCGCGGCAGCUGCAGGGCGCGUGGCGCUCCGACCGCCGGAGCCAGGGGUGCGCGCCCGCGGCUCGGCCCAUGUUGGCAUCCGCCGAGCCGCGAUGAGGGCGCUCGCGCUGCUGCCGCCGGCGCUGCUGACCUGCUGUGGCUGGCUGCUCGCCCCCGUGACCAGUGUUCACCCAGAAUGUCGAUUUCAUCUGGAAAUACAGGAGGAAGAGACAAAAUGUACAGAGCUUCUAAGGACUCAAACAGAAAAAUACAAAGCCUGCAGUGGUGUCUGGGACAACAUUACGUGUUGGCGCCCUGCGGACAUAGGCGAGACCGUCACAGUGCCCUGUCCUAAAGUGUUCAGCAAUUUUUACAGCAAACCAGGAAACCUAAGCAAAAACUGUACAAGUGAUGGGUGGUCAGAGAUGUUUCCAGAUUUCAUAGACGCCUGCGGCUACAGUGAUGCCGAGGACGAGAGCAAGAUUACGUUCUACAUCCUGGUGAAGGCCAUUUACACGCUGGGCUACAGUGUCUCUCUGAUUUCCCUUACAACCGGAAGCAUAAUUCUUUGCCUCUUCAGGAAGCUGCAUUGCACCCGGAACUACAUCCACUUGAACCUGUUCCUCUCCUUCAUCCUCCGAGCCAUCUCAGUGUUGGUAAAGGACGAUGUGCUAUAUUCUAGCUCGGGCACACUGCACUGCCCCGACCAGCCAUCCUCCUGGGUUGGCUGCAAGCUGAGCCUCGUCUUCUUCCAGUAUUGCAUCAUGGCAAACUUCUACUGGCUCCUGGUGGAGGGGCUAUACCUCCACACCCUGUUGGUGGCCAUAUUCUCCCCCAGCCGACGCUUCGCAGCCUAUCUCCUGAUUGGAUGGGGCAUCCCCACCGUCUGCAUAGGGGCGUGGACUGCAGCCCGGCUCUCCUUAGAAGAUACAGGUUGUUGGGAUACCAACGACCACAGUGUUCCCUGGUGGGUUAUACGGACACCAAUUUUAAUAUCUAUCAUAGUCAAUUUUGUCCUUUUUGUUAGUAUCAUACGAAUUUUACUGCAGAAGUUGACGUCCCCAGAUGUCGGCGGCAAUGACCAGUCACAGUAUAAGAGGCUCGCCAAGUCCACACUGCUGCUCAUCCCGCUGUUUGGAGUUCACUACAUGGUGUUUGCCGUGUUUCCUAUUGGCAUCUCCUCCAAAUAUCAGAUCCUGUUUGAAUUGUGCAUCGGAUCAUUUCAGGGCCUGGUGGUGGCGGUUCUGUACUGUUUUCUCAACAGUGAGGUGCAGAGCGAGCUGAAAAGGAAGUGGCGCAGCCUGUGCCGCAGCCAGCUCUGCGGCUGGGACUACAGGCUCCACAGCUUGUCCGUCUCGAGGAACAGCUCGGAAAGCGCCCUGCAGUUCCACCGAGGCUCCCGCGCCCCGUCCUUCCUGCAGACAGAGACCUCGGUCAUCUAGUGCACGGCCACAUUGCAGAGGGACUCCCCAGAGCCCUUGGGAUGCGGGCCGCCAAAGGCAGGCCUCCCCCAGCAGGAGAGCCCUGGUGAGUGACGCAGCGGUAACACGCUAGAGCUGGUCUCUGCUUAUCCCAUCCGUGGAGCUGGCGUUACCUUCUAGCUGACUGGGACUUUCGUCGGAUUUGUGUUAAACUCCAGCAUGUAGGUAAUUUUGCUCAUAAUGUUUGGCCAAGCAGACAGGCCCAUUUUCAAAGUGAAUAGGGAGACAGAAAUGGUCCCUAAAAUGAGGUACAGUGGCCCAGAACUUGGGUCCAGCCACCAUGGAAGGAAAACAAGGGAAUUUUCUAAUCUCGGUGCCAGUUCUGGGCAGGGGGCAAAGGCCUGAGCUGGGAGCUGGGGGCUAGACGCUCCCUCUGCAUGACCCCCAGCACUGGCCUCCCCCUGCCCGGUCCUGAUUAGGGCAGCCCUCUUGUCUGCAGGACACGGACACAGAGCAGCAGGACCCAUCCCUGCUGGGUGCCCCUGCUUCUCCCCACCUGCCCCAGGGCCUCCUCUUCCUGCUCGCCUGCCAGGAAAAGCGCAGAGAAGGGCGUCAGAUGAAAGCGGCAGCGGGUGGCGUGUCACCCCUCGAGGGCGUCUGUGUUUAUGAGGGCUCCCCCUGAGACCACUGCAGGCCCCCUCCCCCAAGAGGGUGAGAGGGCUGGGUGACCUGUGGCCGAGCUUGUAGGACCUGGUCGUCAGGGCGACAAAGACACCAGGCAUUUUAUCUGGGGGGGAGCAGAAACCUAUUCUCCUUUUAAUGAAAAUAACCUUACAGUCAUUUCUGCUUAAAUGGAGAAUUAUUCUAAGAAAAUAUAAAACUGUGUUGAGCGCUUCUGUCCAAUGUGGGCAAGCAGCAGUCCCGGUUUCCAGUUCCCUUGAUGUUUGCAGAUUUGGGAGCUAGGUCUGAGUGGCUGAGCAGCUGCAGAGGGAGCAGGAAGCCAGCGAGGAGAGAGAGAGCCCAGCCGCUGGACUCAGCGAUUUGACCCCUUUUAUGAUACCGAUGCCCCCAAAACUGAGGCCGUGACGUCUUCUUCCUGAGGCAUCCUAGAACCUGGCCAGCAUGAGGGAGCAGGACCUGGCCGGCAGGGGUGGUCAGAGCAGCUCAGAACAGCUCAUGCUGGUGACAAAAGCCUGGACAGACGGGGACAACGGAGUGACUGUGUCCAAAGGCCACCAGGACCCAGGGCCCCCACCUCAGAUGAGCCACUGUAACCAGAGCCACGUGACCGACUGGAGAGCCAGACCCAGGUUUACGUGGGGCCACGGGUUGUGUGGGCGUUAGAGGUGCAUCUUCCUCACUGGCGUGCGCCAAGGCCCAACACACGUGAACUGGUCUGUCUUGCCAGGAAGGGGAAGGGGAGCGGGAAAGUGAAUGUUCACUAAUAGCAGGAGCAGGUGCCAGCAGAGUCAACAUAUGUCGUCUGAAAACGUUGUAAAUGUGUGUGGAACGCCCGCUGUAUGUAAGCACUUCAGUAAAACCUGAUUCCUGUCCA